CUUCUCCGGGGAUCGUCCUCCUCCUCCUCUGGGGCUCCUUCCUCCGCAGUUUGAAAAUACAGUACAACAAAGGAGAUUGGAACAAUGCUAAAUGCAGUGAAAACAGAGCAGUCAAUUCAGGACAGAGGGAAAAGGCGGUCCAUUUGCUUCCAUUCUUUUGGCUCCUAUUGGAGAUGAAAGUGGAGGUCUCGGCCAGUUCUGGAGCUGGAAAGGAGCUGAAUGACAUGGAGGGUUGGAGCAACGAGGAAUUCCCAGAAAAAACUGGACAGAACAACCUUGAUACGGUCUUCCUUAACCCAGAGGUCCAGUGCCAAGAUUUUCGGGAAUUCAGCUACCAGGAGGAUGAAGGGCCCCGAGUGGUUUGUAGCCAACUUCAUCGUCUCUGCCGUCAGUGGCUGAAGCCAGAAAAACACACCAAGGCUGAAAUCCUGGACCUGAUUGUCUUUGAACAGUUCCUGGCUGUGCUGCCACCAGCGAUGAAGAUCUGGGUCAGAGAGUGCAAACCGGAAACCACUUCGCAGGCUGUGUCGCUGGCGGAAGGUUUCCUCCUGAGCCAGAGAGUGGAUAAGGAGGAGUUAGAGGAGCUGGGUUCUUCAGAAUCUAUCCCUGGCUCCCCUCUGGCAGUGGACUCCCCUUUGUCCCUCGGGCAGAGGCCACUGCUCCCGAGGAACAGGCUGGAGGGGAUUGGAGGAGCCGUCUCCCAGGGCAUUGAAAAUAUGCAGGGAACUUCUCCCUCAUCUCUCCUUUGCGGAGGAAUGGAAGCUAUGCCUAUGCAGCCAGAACAGGGUCCUGUAACCUUUGACGAAGUUGCUGUGAAUUUCACAGAGGCGGAGUGGGCAUUGCUGGAUCAGAACCAAAGGGCUUGCCACAGGGAUGUCAUGGAGGAGACACGUGAAAAUGUGUUGUCUUUGGCCUGUGAGGGAAGACAAAGCGAGAACCAGGAAGAAUUGUGUUGGGUAGGCUUGGAAAGAAUUGUUUGUAAAGAGAGUCAUCUUCAAGGAAGGAGAAGUGAAACAAAUACACACAGUAGAAAUGAAGAUUUUGCUUUACCACUCAGAGAUUCGCAAGAUGCUCUGCUUCAGGAAAACAGAGAGAAAAGGAAGGAAACGGGUAAAUGUUCUUUGUACGGAAAUAACUGUAGUCUAAGUGCUGCUUGGACAAUCCACACGGGAGGGAGACCGUUGAAAACCCCAGAAGGUGCCAAGAGUCUUUGGGAUCAUUCACCCUUUGGAAUUCAUCAAACUUUUCAGAGCUUUGAAAGUAGAAAGAGCUUCCAGCACAGCCCAAACCUUGUUUUCCCUCAGGAAAAUGACACAGAGAAACCCUUUAAAUGUGUAGAGUGUGGAAAGAGCUUCAGUCACAGGAAGUCCCUCGCUCAUCAUCUGAGGAUCCACACUGGGGAUAAGCCAUUUAAAUGCUUCGAAUGUGGAAAGAGCUUCCACCAGAGCGGACACCUUGCCAGCCAUGUGAAAAUCCACACAGGGGAGAAACCGUUUGCAUGCUUGGAAUGUGGGAAGAGCUUCAGGCAGACCGCGCACCUCACUUCUCAUCAAAGAAGCCACAGAGAGAAAGAGAGAAAGAGUUUCCAAAACAGACCGAACCUUGUUUUCCUUCAGGGAACUGACACAGAGAAACCUUUUAAAUGUGUAGAUUGUGGAAAGAGCUUCGGUUACAGCACACACCUGGUUCGCCAUAUGAGGAUCCACACCGGGGAGAAACCUUUUACAUGUCUGGAAUGUGGGAAGAGUUUCGGCCACAGCAAAACCCUGAAAAACCACAUGAGAAUCCACACAGGGGAGAAACCGUUUGCAUGCUUGGAAUGUGGGAAGAGCUUCAGGCAGACCGCGCACCUCACUUCUCAUCAAAGAAGCCACAGAGAGAAAGAGAGAAAGAGCUUCCAAAACAGACCGAACCUUGUUUUCCUUCAGGGAACUGACACAGAGAAACCUUUUAAAUGUGUAGAUUGUGGAAAGAGCUUCGGUUACAGAACACACCUGGUUCGCCAUAUGAGGAUCCACACCGGGGAGAAACCUUUUACAUGUCUGGAAUGUGGGAAGAGUUUCGGCCACAGUUACAGCACACAACUGAUUCGCCAUAUGAGGAUCCACACCGGGGAGAAACCUUUUACAUGUCUGGAAUGUGGGAAGAGUUUCGGCCACAGGAAAACCCUGAAAAACCACAUGAGAAUCCACACAGGGGAGAAACCGUUUGCGUGCUUGGAAUGUGGGAAGAGCUUCAGGCAGAGCGCGCCCCUCACUUCUCAUCAAAGAAGCCACAGAGAGAGAGAAAGAAAAGUUCAAGUGCUUGGAGGGUCACGAGACCUUCAAGAAGGGAAGGCAUCUGAUUUCCCAUCGAAACAUUCACCCCCGUGAGAACUUGUCAGGUCUGCGUCCAGGUAUUGCAUCAGGGAAAGAUUGAAUUCUGUUUCCUAUAGAAACAAAGAACGAGAACAGAUUUUUGUAGUUCCCAAAGAAACACUGGGGGGGAAUCUGAUUUUCUAAUGACUGCCGUGGAUUGUCCUCUUUUCCCCUUCACUGUCCUUUUUCUUACACCAAAAAGCAAACAAAACCAAACCAUGGAAAUGCAGUUCCCUUUCUAAGAUGAGCCCUCCAGCCCUCUCCCCCCAACCCCAAAAGGCCUUUCCCCCCUUUGUCCCCAACGUCCCCAAAGAACCAUCCCUGGGAUGAGAGUUCUGCUUUCUCACCCCCAGAAGCAACUUUUUCUCAGCUAGGGGUGCAAACACCCCCUCCCAUUUUACAUAUGCCCUUAUGAUAUGUGGCCACCCUCUCUGUGGCCGUGAGAAAUAGGGACACUCUCCCUUUGGGGGUCAGCUCUGUACUGGUUUCUCUUGCCUGCCUGCCUUCCUGCUUUUUUGCUCCUCAUUCAACUGACCAGGGAUGCAGGGGUCCUUUCCUCCUGUACUCUUUACUUUCUUUCCCUUCUCCUGGAUGCUCUCCAUUGUGUGAAAGCACAAAAACGAGAACCCCAGCAGCUUGACGCUUGCCUUUGGUUUUGAAAAAGCAUCGCAUGUCACCCUAGAGUAGGCACAUUGACUCUUGUGGUGAUUGGACAAGUCCACUCCUUCAUAAGUUGCCAUGAUUCCAAUAAGCCUCCUGUUGUUGUGAUUUCCUCCGUUAAGCUACAGCAUUUCAGCCAUUGCACCAUAAUGGCUGCUGGAUGGGCUUCUGUGUAGCUAGGAAAUCCUGUUUUCUAGAUGAAAUCUUGUUGAUUCUAAUAGGCCCCUGUAAGAAGGUUCGGGAUUUGACUUUGGCUGUUCCUCUUUUUGUAACACAAAAGAUGAGUCUGGAUUAUGGAUAAACAAACUUUUAUUAACAUAGCCAACUGUUUGUUUAACUCAUUUGAACAACAUACCGAUAACUGGGGAGGUGAAUUCUCCCAUAAUCACAACAACGAUUUCUCACUAUUAACGUCUCUUAAUAAUAUGUUCUUGCCUCCUUCUCUUGAUUGGUUGGAUCUCUCAGACAACGGUUUCGCACAGCACAUGGGGUCCCGCAGCACGGGUGGCGAGCCCAAUCUCCUCCUAACGUUUUUUUCCUUCAUCAAUCUCGGGUCUAC